UGCAAAUUACAGUUUAUUCGACGGCUCUCGUACUUGUCUGCAAAAAUCAGGUUAAAUUUUGCUUCCAUUUAUGAUUUUUCUUCAUCUCUCAUCAUUGCCUUUUUCAUUUCAUUAAAUGUUUAGAUUCAGAUCCACGCAAUUCUAGUUUUACACUGAAAUCUUGUAAUCAUGUUAUAAAUUAUUGAUUUUUAUUUGAUUUCUCCUUUAGAUUCUUAGUUUUGCUUUUAGUUUCUGAAUAUCGGUGGCGAUGUUGGGUGCUUUAAGGAGAAAAGUCGCGACCGGAGGAUCAUCAGUUUCGGUAUUGGGCAAGUCCAUUCAGGUGAUUCGCCCGAACGUUUCAGCAUCUAGAGUUUUUUCAAAUGCAGGAAAAGAGAUUCUGUUACUUCAGCCAAGAGGAAUUAUCCAUGUCCGCUACUUCUCUCAUCUUGUUCUGCCAGGCUGUUCUGCUGGUUUGACAAAGACAAGGGAUGUUAUCUCUAACAUUCAGUCAGAGGCUAUCAUGCAAAAGUCAUGCAGGGCUUUUUCUUCUGGAGAUGGUGAUCUGGUUGACGCUGUUGUCCCUUUUAUGGGAGAAUCAAUUACUGAUGGCACUCUGGCAACAUUUUUGAAAAAACCUGGUGAUAGAGUCGCGGCAGAUGAACCGAUUGCUCAAAUAGAGACAGAUAAGGUGACAAUUGAUGUUGUCAGCCCCCAUGAUGGUGUGAUACAAGAGUAUGUUGCCAAGGAAGGAGAUACCGUGGAACCAGGUGUUAAAAUUGCUGUCAUUUCAAAGUCCGCCGAGGGUGUAGCACCUUCUGUUCCUGCUGAAAAGAAAUCAGAAAAAACUACUUCGAAGUCAUCUCCUCCCACUGAAGCAGUAAAGGAGGAUAAGCCAAAAGCUAAAGUUGAAGCUUCUCCUGCUGCAGAGAAAUCUAAAGCCCCUGCCACACCACCUCCAAAACGAACUGCUACUGAACCUGUACUUCCUCCCAAGGAAAGGGAAAGAAGAGUUCCUAUGACAAGACUUCGGAAACGGGUAGCUACUCGGUUGAAAGAUUCUCAAAAUACUUUUGCAAUGUUGACAACCUUCAAUGAAGUCGACAUGACUAAUCUGAUGAAGCUCCGCUCUGAUUACAAGGAUGCUUUUGUUGAGAACCAUGGUGUCAAGUUGGGAUUUAUGUCGGGAUUUGUUAAAGCUGCCGUUAGUGCACUUCAGCAUCAGCCUAUUGUAAAUGCUGUAAUUGACGGGGAUGAUAUUAUUUAUAGGGAUUAUAUAGAUAUCAGCAUUGCUGUUGGUACUCCAAAGGGGCUCGUUGUUCCAGUUGUCCGUGAUGCUGGUAAGAUGAAUUUUGCCGAGAUAGAGAAGACAAUCAACAGCCUUGCGAAGAAGGCAACUGAUGGGACCAUAUCAAUUGAUGAAAUGGCUGGGGGCUCAUUUACAAUAUCCAACGGUGGUGUUUAUGGAAGUCUGUUGAGUACCCCUAUUAUCAACCCUCCUCAGUCGGCUAUCUUGGGUAUGCAUUCGAUAGUAUCCCGACCAAUGGUUGUUGGAGGUAAUGUAGUUCCAAGACCGAUGAUGUACAUUGCCCUCACUUAUGACCAUAGGCUGAUCGAUGGAAGAGAGGCCGUCUUCUUCUUGCGUCGUAUCAAGGAUGUCGUGGAAGACCCUCGCAGGCUGCUACUUGAUGUAUGAAGGUCCUAACCCCAAUAGCAACUGCUUUGAUAUCUCACGGUUUUCUGGCACUCAUAAACGUUGGAUGCAUAACUUGUGGCUUCAUAAACAAGAAGAAUAAAUGCCUGAAGUUUUGUAGGGUUUUAUUUGUCGAUUCACACUUUUGAACCACAUCGAGUAUUGCUCGGGGUUCCGAGUUCAAGUUUUGCAGUUCACAUUUGCAUGAAAUGCUUUGGCGUUGCCUUAAUAAAGAGUUUUCUAGCUAUUGCUCAA